UCGUCAUGUGCGCGAUAAAGACAGUGUUAUCCCCCCAAGGCCGAGUAAGAGAGACCCCCUCUCUCUCUCUCUUCCUCUAAAAAAAAAACAGCUCUGAUAUGGAAGAGUGCCGAUCCGGCGAGCUGAAGUGGGAAGGAUAGAUAGACGACAACUGGAGUGAGACAAAGAGUAAAAAAAACCGAGCGAAUCUUGCGAGAAUAAAAAGAGAAGUCCGUAUAAGAGCAGAUAUUCCGCCAAGUAAGAAGAAAGUGCAAAAAAAUAUAUAUAUAAACAGUUGAAAUGACAGGGAGUUGUGAGGGCUCGAGAGCAGAUCUUUACAGUGUAUCUCAUGAAACCGAAUAAAAAUAAGAAGAACUAGUGACGACUGGGGAGCUUGAGAGCCCCCGACGAGUGAAGUUUUUCCUAAAAAUAUUUCACCCCACCCCGGUGUGUACAUCAUGACAAUGGAUGUCGUUGGAUCAACAGACGGAAAAUAUAUCUUAAAUAUUGUACAUUCAAAGUAUCCGAGUCUCGGUAUCGCCACGAAAAUACAGUUAAGUGUGACAGUAACAGACGAAAAGCCCUCGUCACGGCUCAAAUAAUGUACUUGUGAUCAUAAUCCAAAAUUUAGAGCUUCAGGAGUAAUACAGAAACGCAUGGCAUAACAACGUGCUGAGGAUGAGACUGAGUGUGACACUGUUGAUAAAUAUAAACUCAAAUGUGUGUGAGAGAGAUGAUGAUAGUGUGGUUGGUAUAGCAGCGCCACCAGGAGCGCCAGUGGUGGCGGCAGGCGUGAUACAAAAGUGAGCACGCGAUAAAGUUGAAAGCCCCGAAGAAUCAACGUGUUGAAGAAGGAGAGACUGUGAUGUCUGACAGAGACAGUAGUACACUACUAGUUUGUGUGAUGGAGUGAGAAAGUGAAGGUACGGGAGACCCAUUCAUCUUGGCGCACCUAGAAGGCGUACGAUUGGCCAGUGCUUGGUAAGGCCGUAACCCGAUUGGUUAACUCUGUUUACCAGCUGGUGCUGGUAGCAUGGAGAGGGGAGUGAAGGAGACGUGCGGCGCCAUUAUUGUAAGGGGUUACAUUUAGCUGGCCAUGGUGUAGUACCCGGCGUUCGGGAUAGGGGGCUAUAGUACCUUCAUGCAUGGCCCAUAAAGGAUUCGUCGACUAUCCGAGAAGUACGCAAGAAACGGCUUCUAACACCUGACAGGCCGCGGAUCACCCGUUUGUCCCGUGUCCCAAUCCAGCCCCAAUUUUCUGCUCUCGGUUAUCCAUUGAACAGCUGUGGGGUCUUGUGGGGGGCCCCCCGGGUCAAUUAUAUUACCUGACUUCUUCUACUGUAAUCAUCGAAACUCAUUUAUUUUCUUGUUUGGCCUAUUGUUUUGUGGUGGACAGUUUUGUGAGAUGAACGAUAUUUAGUGAUUGUCUGGGGUAGAAUAAAGUUUAAACAUCUGGAAGUGGUGAUGAUAAAUAAAUACCUAGAAAGUAGAGGAACAGUGUUUUCUAGUCUUGGAAUUUUGGCAGGUCAGUGAGGGAUUGAGUCGCAAGGUCGUCGGUUAUUUUGGCAGAGUGUGAUGUGCCCGGUUGCGUAAGUGGUGAUAAAAAGUGAGGGUAAAGCACCGAUAAAGAGGCGUCCACCUUAGGAGAGGGACGAGGUAACAUUGUUGGUAUGAACUACCGGAAAGUACAGGAGGGGGAUUUGUCAAUACACCGUGUGGUCCAUGUAGUUUAAGACAUCAAUCAUUAGCCGUACGACAAUUCUCAGAAAGGAAGUGUAUACAUACGACAGUGCAUAAGGGUUCAUCACAAAUGAUUGUUUGUUAACAAUUGUUCAGAGAGUUCAACAGUACAGGUGCUACAGAAUGGCAAGAACUGAGCGUUAUCAGUGUGGGUGUUGAUUUGCCCAUUGGGGUAUUGUGUUAGCUUCGCUGUGUGCAGCGAUGAGUUCCAAAUUUAUAAUUGAUAGUAUGCUACCAAAGUAUCAUCAACAAAUUCAUCAUCAACAGUUAUUUGCCAGCGCCAAUCCAAAUUCACUUCAAGCUUGCUCCAGUGGCUCGUCAACAGCGAGUCUUGAAUCAAGUAUAUCAGCAGCGGCUGUUGCCGCUGCAGCUGUUAAUUACGCCCAACACAGUUCACCAUCACCGACAGGUUCAAGUCCCCAACAUUCGGGAAGUUCAGCAUCAACAUCACCGGCGGCAAGAACAACAACGAGUAUGUAUCCGUACGUAUCCGCUGCGGCGGCACAUCAUCAUCAUCAACAGCAACAGGCUGUUGCAGCAGCGGCUUUUGGUGCUACAUCAUCAAUGGUACCGGGUUUUGGCUCAUCAGUUGCAUCAAGUGCAGCAUUAGCUGCUGCUGCUGCUGUUGAUGCUGCAACGGGUGAUAAAUCAUGCCGUUACACAGCCAGUCUCACUGGAAAUGUAGCACCUAGUUCCACAGAUCCAAUGGUCAACUAUAGUCUAUCUCAUCAUCAUCAGAAUGGUGGUACUGCUGGUGGUCUUGUAUCAUCAGCACCAGCAUCAUCAGCUGUGUCAGCAGCAUCAGCUUCCAUGGCCGCCGCUGCACAAUUCUAUCAUCAAGCGGCGGCAGCCUCUGGUGUUGUUGAUCCACUCACAUCGUGUCAACAACCAACACCUGGACAACCCGGUAUACCUGAUAUUCCUAGAUAUCCGUGGAUGACCAUCUCCGAUUGGAUGAGCCCUUUCGAGCGAGUCGUCUGUGCUGAUAAUUUCCUUCCAGGUCCAAACGGAUGUCCGAGACGCCGAGGUAGACAGACCUACACGCGAUUUCAAACUCUCGAAUUGGAGAAGGAAUUCCACUUCAACCAUUACCUUACGAGACGGCGGCGAAUAGAAAUAGCGCACGCCCUGUGUCUAACAGAAAGACAAAUUAAAAUAUGGUUUCAAAAUCGACGAAUGAAGUUGAAAAAAGAACUGCGUGCUGUGAAAGAGAUUAACGAACAAGCGAGAAGAGAGCGGGAGGAGCAGGACAUGAUGAAGAAACAACAAGCUGAGAAACAAGCAAAAAUGCAGGAGCAACAGAGUGCCCUUCAGCAUCAACAGCAUCACGUGUCUGGUCUUGACAAAGCGCAGAGUGAUCUCCUUAAAGCUGUCAGCAAAGUUCAGACAUAGGUGUCAAGUUGACAACUGACAAUGGCAGCGAUAUAACUCCUCAAUGCCGAUCCAAAUCGCAAGCUGAGUAAAUCCUCGAUCUACGUACUUACCUGGCUGUUCAGUUCGAGACAAAUCCACUGUUAAUUGUUUCGAUAAAAAGGCUGACAGCCACGCCUGACUGAUUCUUAGAAUGUAUUUUUUAAUCGAAAAAUAAGAAAGAGUGGAGAGUUUCAUUGACAAAUGAUAAAUCCAGAUAAACGAAUGCAUCGCGUACUGAAUGGAUCACGGCGCCGAUGAGAGUGACACUAGGGCUAGUGGAGAAAUCAGUGCGACGCUGUGACUACUGCGACGCCGUGGCUACUGCGACGCCCUAAUGAGUGCGAUGCAGUGGCUAGUGCGACGUCGCGACGUGUCACGUGUCUGGAAAACAAUUUCCUCUCUUUUUUUUCGCCCCCAAACCCCUAAAAAAACACCUCUGGAAGUGUUCUCCGGCCAAUUUCCUCGGCAAUGUCCAAUGGAUUGACGAUUCAGUGUGUGUAUAUGUUUUUUUUUUUCGUGACCAUACAUGUGUACAGAAAUGGAAAGACGAAAAACAAAUGUGGGAGAAGGUGGGGAGGGGGUGGAAGGAGGGGAGGUGGACAUGAAUCUCGAAGGUCGUAUCGAUUACGCGAGUUCUCGUGGUGUGUAAACGUCGACUUUCAAGGUGGGCCGCUUCUUUGACAUCCAGAGAACUGACAUCGAUAUCGCCUGCAUCGGGGGGAACGUGUACACAUGGAGAAUAACGAAAAAUCACUGGAAGAUUUUUGAGAGACUAAGGAGUCAUUGAUAAGCGUGCCAAUGAGGGAAGAAUUAUAUCACACGAUACAUCGAUUUGUAUUACACGACACAAUCCCUCCAUGUUCUUUCGGGUGUAUUUUGAAUUUUUUUUUUAUUCAAUUGCAAGAAAAGCUCGUUUUGCUUUUGUGUUAGGGAAUUUACGGGAAAUGUUUCACACGUAUUUUUUGAUGAAUGCAGAAAAAAUCGUCAUCCGCAAUUAUGAUUAUGCGUAAAAUAUGAUUGAAAUGAGUCUUCAAUUUAUGUUGAAAUAUAUUUGAAUGGAGUUCCGUCCGCACAGGGAUGAAGUGUGUCUUAAAUUAAGACACUUUUUACGAAGAGUCCUGAACAGUUUGAUUUUGAAGAUUAUUAGAAUGUGGGGACAACUCUGCGUAUUUGACGAAAUGACUUGAAGUUUUUGAAAGGAUAAAUCAUUUCAGGAGUCAAACGGUUUGAGGCCAUUUGAACUGUUGCCUAUGUGUUAAUAUCUAAAUCUCUGAACCGGGUCUAAAAAUAUAUUUACGAAAAUUUCGCUACCUACCUUAAAUUCUGAGAAAUGACGGGAUAUUAUUAUUAAAUAAAUGGUUUCACAUUCAAUUACUGAUUUUAAAAAAUGUUCAAAAGUACGUACGCGGUGACGGAGAACAGUAGGGGUCGCCAUCUUGACUGGAUGCUUCUUCCCUCGGUCACUCCAACCUCCAAAAAUGGCGGCGUCUCCACCUCGUAUUUUUAAAUACUGAAAAAACAGUGAAUUCGUUCCAGACUACGUGCAACUUUUUCAAUUCAGUUCCUUUCAAGUGAACAAAUACUUCAAGUCAUCGUUACAAUUUUUUUCAUGCACUUUCGACUGCGAAUUCAUGACGUCAGUUUUCCCUGCAUUCAAUGGACUGUUUUUUCCGUGUGCGCGCGGGCACAAAUUUUUCCUUCUCAUAGCAAAAAAAAAUUCCAAUUUUGUUUCUGUUUUAAAUUUCUUUUGCAACGAUUGUUAAUUUUUUGGAUGAUAUUGUUACCGAGAGAAUUAUUGUGUUCAAGUUUUAUUUUGUUUAUUAGAUGAAUUGGUUGUAGUUUUUGUUGAAAACCCGUUGAUUUACAAUUGUUUGAGAAAAUUUGGGGUUUGUAACACGCACAGCUUCUUUAUUAUUUUUCUUUGUAGAAGUUAAUUAUCUUGAUUAUUACAAGUUCAUUAUUUUCCAAACGGUUCUGCACUAUUGGACUCUCACUUCCCACGCUUGAGCACUUGGAUAUCCAUUGCAUUAACUUGAACCGACGUGGCACAAAAAAAAAUACCGGACGAGUAUAUUUACUCUUAGUACAUUAAAUACGUAAUUUGGUGUCAGGGUAGACCUUUUCAGUAGUCAUAGAGAGCCUGUUAUUGAUAAUUAACGAUUUACGAUUCAGUGAUGAGAUACAAAUUUAAUGGAGACAUUUCGAAUUCUAAUGAAAUCAUUAUCUAUUUUUCGGCAUAAGAGCAAGAGGUGUAUCUCAACAGCUUUUGAAUUAAUUAUUUCGUAAUGAAAUAGAAGAUAAGAUCUAUUGAAAGCAAAAUUAUUAUCCAAAAUUCAAAAUCUUGAAUAAUAAUUAGAAAAACUCGGAACCUGGGCCCUAUUCCAUGAAAAUUCAGCGGAAAUAAUUAUUGAAAUUGAAAUUCCAAAUUAAAUAUUCCACUCGAUUCGGUCCAACUUAUUUAUUUGAUUUACUCAUUCAAAAAUAGCGACUUUCAAGAGAUAAAAUUUUUAUCUUGGCAAAGAAAUAAUUCUUGAGCAAAAUUUAGAUUUAUUGGAGAUCAUUUUUAUAAUAGAAAAAUAAAUAAAUACUAUUUUAUGAGCUUUUAUAAAAUAAUCCACUGAUUACAAGCAGCAGUUCUGCCGUUUCAACAAUUACCAUAAAUUGAUUCAAUCGCGUUUUGAGAUACAACAUUUGCCGGUAUAAGAAUAUUAUGAACUAAAUAAUAGAUAACACUUAUAUUACAAGAAAAACGAAAAAAAAUUAAACACGGUAAUUCGUGCUGAUACAGUAUGAACCGAAGCGAGGAAAGUGAACGGAGAAAAAAUGAGCGAAAAAUUAUGAGAAAAUUGAUGUAACGAGUGAAGAUUAAACAACAAUUUCCAAGAAUAAUUUUUAAAAAUGCACUAAUCAUUACUAAAAAAAUACUGCAAAGCAAAAAAUAUGUCCUUUCACUAAUUUUUCUUUAAAAAAAAAAAUCUUAAAACACAAUCUUGCUCGGCAAUUACUCAAAUUAUGCAGUAAUUUUUCGUAAUAUUUUUUCUCCAUGUGAGGUUAAAAAUAUUUGCAUAUACCAUGAAAAAAAAGUAUCCAUAAAAGAACAUUGUGUUCUUGAGUAUCCUUCGAAAUAAAUCACUCACCCGAGUGAUCGUAAACCAUAACUGUUAUUAAUUAAUAAAUUAAUCCCUAAUGUAAUUAAGCUGCGCGUGUCAUUUCCGCACGAUAUACUCAAAUAAUUACCAUAGACGAGAGAAUAAGCGUAAUCAACGGGUUUGACAGAGACAAUGGGACGAAUUAAAUUAAUUGAAUGAAUGAAGUAACAAAAAUAAACUAAGGGACAUGGAAAUUUCCUCUGAGUAUCUGCUACAUACCCGGUUGAUCGCGUACGUAUAAAUAUAGUGAUUAAAUUACUAUUGCAUAAUUAUUACUGUAGUAUGAUGAGGAAAUAUCGAUUCUGCUCUGCGCACUCUAUCAGUUAAUGGUAAGCGUGAAAAUGUAUAGUUGGAGAUGAGAUGUCAUUUUUUUAUUCAGUUUUUUCAGUUGCAUUUCAUCAAUUCGAAAUUUUCGAAGUGUCAAAAAGUGUGAUCGCGCCUGCCUGACCCACUCUAAAAUGUAUACGGCUUUAAUCGAAUUGAGCGAUUGUGACGAGUUCAAUACAAUUUGCGAAAAUCCUGGCUGUUUCGUUGAGAACUGGAAUUGCUGGUGGAAUUUCGUGGGAUUCUAGUGAUUUCGAGGAUUAAUUCCGAUCGACAUUGUGCAAUUUUCGGUGUUUUUUUCAGAAGAUAUUUAUUUAUAGAAGUUACGAGCGAUAAUUCAUCAAAUCAGAUGAACAUUCAUUGUUUAAACUAAAGAACUUUGCAGCGAUCUUUCGAAUGAUGUUUUAAAUCAUUCGAAAUGACAAUUAAAUUAGGAAAUUUACGACUGGGAAUGGAUUCAAGUUUUCUGAAUUUGUUAAAGAGUUUUCAAUCAUUUUUUAAUGUGUCUUGAGGGCCGAGCCACUGAAUAAAUGCCGAUGAAAAUUGCACGACUGUCAAUAAAUUGAUGUAAAGAUCUUGAAGAAAUUUCCACUAAAAUUUCUUUUAAAAAACACUAGACAGGUCAAAUUCUAACCAGGAGGAAUAGUUUGUUACGAGGGGUUGAGGGCUGAUAUUAGAUACUACCACUAUUUCUAGGAAGCUUUGUAUAUCGAUAAUGUAUUAUGAUCAAUUAUUGACGUUACGUUUGAUGUUAUGCCAUUUUUAGGAAAAAUACACGUGAAAUAAUGAUGAUGAGAUGCAGCGUUGACUUUUGGGUCUGAUGUUUUCGGAUUUUCUCUUUGUUUGGGGGAGCGGAGGAUUUUCAAAUUUAGGAAUUAAUUAGGGUUACCAAAAUAGACCUUAAUUGAAAGACUUCACAAUGGGGACAAUCCCCGACGUUUUCUUUCCGCCAAAAUUAAGUGUUUGGUUUUUUAUUUAUUGAGUUGAAUGACGAAGCAUCGGAAAAAUGAGUAGUUAUUUUUUAAUAUGCCCCUAGGGGACUAAAACUCAAAUAAGAGUUCUAUUUGUGCAGCUGGUUUCCUCUAAAUUUCGUCAUUUACUCAGUAAACGUCAAUUUUCGUGACGUUGUCUCAAAAUCGGUUACAAUUUCGCUGUUCACGAGGAACAAAAUUAGGAAAUCAAAUUCUUCGACAUAAUCAUUACUUUGUUCCAUUCCCAUUUGAGACUUUUAGAUGAAAAAUUAUUUUUCACAUUGUCAAUUAACGCCCAACGAGGCUGAAGCACAAAACUGCAUCCCUGACGAUUUUGUAAAACUAAUGAUUUAUUAUUACGAAAAUGAGUUCAAUCAUCAAUUUAAUUUCUGUAUUUUCACAAAUAAUGAGAAUCGAACGAUUCAAUUACAGGUGACUCAUUCAUUCUAUUGGAUUUGUGUAUUCAAAAGGGCAAAAAUUAUCGUGUUUUUCUGUCAAAUAUUUUAAAAUUAUUUUGACAAUCGAUUUUUAGUGAACUAUCGACGCGUUAAAAUUGAUUCAUAUUGAUUAUGUUAACGAAAUUACAAUUCGAUGGUCAAAUUAAUGGAUCAGUGAACCGUUCUCCCCCUAAAUUCCUUCAGAAAAACAUCAACAUCUUCAAACGAUUCUUUCAUAAAAAAUUAAUGAAGCGGGCGCCGUCCACAUUUGAACUUUCAAUUGGCCCGUUCAGUCCUGAAAAUCACCCGAGACAAAAAAUAAAUCGAGUUUUUCAAAGUAAAUCGUUAAAAGCAUCGCACUAACCAUAUCAUUUCUCCGAAAUUCUCAGACACCUAAAUUACAAUUUCAUCCCCUCACUUUUCAUUAAAAUUCAAACCAACUCCCAGAAUAAAAAAAAAAAUUUAAUCUUCGCUCUAACCUUUUAUCCCAUAUAAUGAAUGUAUUAUAUCAACCUGGAUAUAAACAUGUAAAUUUAAGUAAUUAACUGCGAGAAAAGACCCAGCGAGAUGCGUUUAAUAUAGUACAACGUGCCCGACUUGCCAAACCUCGUGACUCACAGCUAAAAGAGUUUAUUAUUAAUACUCGAGUAGUUGGAGGUGACGCGAGAACUUCUCUCAUUCGAAUUAAAGGUAAUUGAGCUAGCAGUAAAUACAAAUAACCGAUAAAACUGAUAAACAGGUGAUCAAUAUUGAGCGUAAAUGGAUUAUACAUUGAGAGAAAGAAAAACGUGUUGUUGAACGAGUCUUAUUUGAACAAAACCAAUAAUAGCGAAAUAAUCAUAAUUCUGUGGCUUAAAAUCAAAAUAUUUCGCGAUUUAAAGGCGUCGGAAGUACAAAAAGAAAUUAUCAAAAUUUUAUAUCACGAAUUCUGGACCAAAAAUGGACGGAAAAGCACACAAAAUGGCUUAAAAAAUUUGUUCAUUCUACAGAAACCGAGUGAAGCGAGUUGAAAGGAUUUUGCCGAAAAUAAAUAAUUUUUAAAAAUGUUCAAAAAGGCGAGAUGGGUGGGCCGCCAUCUUUUCCGCCCCUUGCGGUAGAGGGCGAGGGCCUUCAAUUACAAUGGCCGCGCCCACAGACGUCAGUCACUUUUGAGACACUUGAUAUAAUUAUUUAUUUUCUUCAGAUAAAGUUCAACUUGCUUCGUGGAUUUUCCAAAGUCACAAGAAACGACAUUUUUCUUUAUUUCUGACGUGUUUAUGAGAGAUAUUUUCAUACAAAAAGCUUCAUCUGCUGUAAUAUUAUCCAUCUUUAGAAUUUUCAAUGUGCAAUUUUUGGUUCAAACUAAACUCGUUCAAAAAACUGUUCAUUUUUCUCAUUAUAAUGCGGAAAAAAUUGAAUCGGAGCACAUUAGCUGUCGAUGCGUACUAUAAAUAUAGAUUUAAAACAAAAGAAUACGUCAUCAAUCCAGUGAACUAUCUCUAUCCAAGAUAAUGUAUAGAAAACCCUGUAAUUUAUAACAAUUAGAAAUUUUAAUAGUCGAAAUCCGUCUCACGGAGCGCUCGAUCGAUGAAAAAUUGUUUGUUAUAUUUUUAUUUCAUUACUUAUAGAUAAUUGUUUAUUUAUGAAAACUGUUUAUUUACGUAUUAUUUUUGUCGUAUUUGUUUUAUUUACUUUUGUUACGAUAAAAUGUGUGAGAUUGUGAAAAAUGAUGAGUGAUUUACUUUCCUUCGAGUGUUAGUGUGAGCUAUUCAACUUGAAAAUUAAUCAAGUAUUGUUUAUGGAAGAAAAACCUUUAAUAUUUUUUAAAAAAUAGGAAAGAACCAGUGACUGUAUUUCGUGUUCGUUAUUUCAAUAUGAUUUUUGUGAAAUCAGGUAGUUAAGUAAUCUGUUAAAUUCGAUAUUUCGAGGCGACGAUAAAUCAUUAUAAAUAAAAUUUAUAAAAACAAGUAAUUAAAAACAAACAUACCAUAUACGUAACUAAAACUCGUCAUUGUUAAUUGAGAUAUUAAUUUAAUUGUCCAUUGUUCUCGCAAACGAUACGAAAACUUUCAUCGUUUCUUGCCAAAAUCAUCCCGGUUGUAAAAUAAACAUUUCGUUAGUGAGAAUGCGUGAAGCGAGUGUUAUAUUUAGUUAAUUAUCAUUUGACUAGGCAGCUGUUCGUUGAUAGCGAAUUACACAGGAAUUACGAGAAAAAAAAUGAGAUAAUAACACAUGAGAUCUAUUAAUUUGCUUGGCUUUUUCUUCGAUCGCUAGAUUAUCUCGCUUUAAUCGAAAAAAAAUUAAAAUCCCAUGCAUAUUUUUAAAUAAUAAAAAUUUGUUCCUCCCGUACUGAAAAGUGAGCAGCUCAAUAAAUUAUAGUAGAUUUAAUCAUUGACUUCAGUGACAAAAUAUUCGGUGGGAGAGAUCUAAGAAAAAAUGUAGCGUAUGUUAGAUGAAUGAUGAUGAAACAACUACCCUCGAUAUAAAAUUUGCUAUGCAAAUAAACAGAUUCAAACGAGAACACAAGUAUAGGAGUAAUGAAAAAAAAAAAAUUUAAAACAACAUAAGCAAUGAAAUAUUUCUGUCCAAACGUGGAUUCGUCUUACGUGUUUGUCUUUGCUGUACCUAAACUAGACGGACGAGGCCCCGUGUAACUUCAUAAUUCUCGGUGUAAAUAUUGACAUUACGUACUAUUAAAAACGAUAAUGUGGUGUUGCGAAUGGAAACAAAGGGUCGUUUAGUGAUGUGAAACAAAAACUACCUUGAAAUAUUUCCACCUCACAAGUCCACGAUUUAAAAAAAAAACCUAAUUAAAUGUAAUGCAAUUUACUUUUAAGAGGAAAACCCGUAGCUGUUCUACAAUACCAUACCGCGUUAAGUCGUAAAUAUAACGGAGUAGCAAAUGAUUGUGGAGAUUACGAGGGUGAAACUAAAUAGACAACAGUUGAGAGGGGGAAAAACGAUGAAUCUCGUAUCUGCUGACUUAUUGAAAAAAAAAAUUAGUAUUAUCUCUAUGAGUUUUAAAAGUUAAUGAGUGAUAAGGGAGGUGUUAUGUGCGAGGUAACGAUGACGAGUAAAACCCAUUGACAAUGAAUGUAAAUGUAUCCAUUUUUUCGAAAACUUGAUGUAGAAUUAUACUCAUAAGCUAUAUCUAUGAUAUACAAGAACGAAAUAAAAACGUACCAUAAAUUAA